AUGUUACCGUCAUCAACCCAAGAAACUUUACUUAAUGAUGAUAGUCCACAACGACAUAGUACAUUUUUGCGUUCGAUAUCGGUAUUAGAUUCAAAUGAUUUUAAUAAUUUUAUUCAAGAGCGUUAUGGAGCAUGCUGGGGUACACUCAAAUUUGAAGAUUCAUUAAGUGACUAUUCAAAUGAUGCUCGACCAUUUCUUUAUGUUGAUGAUAAUAUCGAUUUACACGUUUUACGACAAUUUAUGAUAAGUGAAUGGAAAUUACAAACAGCAAAUAUUGUCAUACCUGUUUUAAGUGGUGUGACUAAUCAUAAACCAUUUAAAAAUCAAAAAAUGAUUGAAACAUUGAGAAGUGGAAUUCAAAAUGCAGCCAAUGCAUCAGAAGUAUGGUUUAUAACGAAUGGUAUUGAUGCUGGUAUUCCACAAUUAAUUGGAUCAGCUUUUCGAGAAGAAACUGCAUUGAGACGAGCUGACGAUGCAUGGGCUAUACAAAUGGGUCGUGCACCAAAAAAACGUAAAGCACUUGUUUUACUUGGAAUUGUUUGUGAUGAUGAAAUAAAAGAUUUUAUUGAUCUUAAAGCAUCAAAAGAUAAAAGCAAAAUGGAAGUUAAAGUUCCAACUCGUAAACGUGAUCAACUUUCAUUAAAUAGUGGUCAUUCACAUUUUAUUAUUAUUCGCGAACAAUCCAUAGGUACAAGUUCAACUAUUAAUGCAGGAACAAAAUCAAUAACAAUUGAUAGUGGAGAAAAACAAUUAGAAAAAUUAAUUGAUUCAGCUGAAAGCGCAACCAAUAGAUUUCGUGAUAGAUUUGAAGAUUUUUUACAUCAAGAAGCAUUACAACCACCUACCAAUGAACAACCAUCAAUAGACGUUCUAUCAACUACUCCAUUAAUAUCUCGAAAGAGUACACCAUGGAGUGACGAUGGUUUUCCAAUGGUAUGUACAUUACUUCGUGGUACACCAGGAACAAUUGAACUUUUAUAUCGAAAACUUCAACAAGAAGUUCCUGCUGUUAUUCUUAAAGGAACUGGAUCUGCUGCUGAUAUUAUUGCAUUUGCUUAUGAAGAAAUAAAUGCUAAAAAUGAUAAAGAGUAUGAAGAUAGCUUUUUAAAAGUUGAAUUAACUCGACGUUUACUUGAUGAAUAUCCAACAUUGAAAGAUAAUAAUGUUAAACGAAAUGAAAUUCGUGAUCAUAUUAUUUCAAUUGUAAAAAAAGCAGAUCAAGGAAAAAGAAAAUUUUUAACAUUUGUCGAUGUUAAUAGUACAACAGCAUCAUUAAAUGAUUUUCAUAAAUUUAUUCUUUCAGCUUUAUUACAAUCACAAAAAACUGCAACUGGCAAUAAAGUUAAUGUACAAUUAAAACGAAAUCUUCUAUUAACACUUGAUUGGAAUUUACCAGAUUUAGCUUUAUCAGAAAUCUUUCAACGUGAUGAUGAUAUGAAAUAUUCUAUUCAAGCAGAUUUAUUUGAUAAAGCUUUGCUUGGAAAAAAACUUGAACCAUUUGUAGAUUUAUUUCUUGAUCGAGAAUUUGCUUUACAUCGAUAUUUAAAAUCAGAUAAAUUAAUUAGUUUAUUUAAUGAGGCAAAAGAUCGAGAAUUUUUAACAACAACAUCACUAGAAGGAAUUCUUGGUUUAACUGGAGAUGAAGAAGAAAUGCCAAAAGAUUUUGUUGAACAUGGUCUUAAUGUUAUUGUUAAACGUUUAACAGGAAUUAGUCAUUUUUUUAGUAAACAUGAAAUGGAUUGUAAUGCUAUGGGAAUUUAUUUUGGUGAUAAAACAGAUAAAGGUGUUCAACGACAAAGAAUAAGAGCAGAAAAGAAAGCACUUAGACAUUUGAUUAUUUAUGCUGUAUUAAUGAAUCGACAUCUAUUAGCAAAAAUUCUUUGGAAACGUUCAUCAGAACCUAUUCCAUUAGCAUUAAUUUGUUGUAUGAUGUUUAAAAAAUUAGCACCUUAUUGUCAUGAAUCUUAUCAACGAUUAUUAAUUGAAAAACAAGCCAAAGAAUUUUCUGAUUGUGCUGUUGGUGUACUUGAUAAAGCAUUUAAUGAAGACAAUAUGAGAACAUUUGAAAUGCUUGAUGAAAAACAUCCGGAUUGGAAUCAUAUGGCAACCGUUGAAUUAGCUUAUAAUGCUGAAAAUAAAGAAUUUAUGGCACAUGCUGCUUGUCAAAAAUGGGUUACUAGACAAUUCUAUGGAGAAAUUACUCCACGAGAACUUUCAUGGGGAUUAUUCAAAUGUCCAGAUUAUCUUAAAAUUAUUUUUAGUGCUAUUUUAAUAUUUCCAAUGUGGUUCUGGAUAAAUUUUUCUCCAAUCGGUCAAGCACCACCAACACCAAAAAAAUCAAGUGAUUUACAAGAUGAUAAAAAUUUCGAAAUGAAACCAGAAAAAAAAGUUGAUCAAGGAAAACAAUUAGGUGAAUUUAUUGGUGCAGUAAACAUUCGUGAAGGAAAUAGUAUAUUUCAACGAAUAAGUCGUUGUUGUCGUCGUAAUACCUUUCAAAAACAAAGAAGUGUUACUAGUACAACAAAGUCUGAUGACAAAUCAAUGAGCCAUUGGGAAGAAAUCAAAGUCUUAUGGACAGCACCAAUAACAAAAUUUUAUACAAAUUUCGUUGCUUACAUAGCUUUUUUAUCAUUUUUUACAUUAGCUGUUAUGUGGCCAUCAUGUGGAAAUUUAUUACUUGAUUGUUUUGUCUGGUUUUGGACAGCAUCAAUUGCAUUUGAAAAUACACGUGUUGCUUAUGAAAAAUAUUGUUCUCAAAGUAGUUUACCUUUACAACGAGCUGUAUUAGAAGUUAUUGUACAAACGAUAUUUCUGGCACUUUAUCUUACUUUUAGAAUUAUUGGUUUAUGGAAUUUUGGAACUUGUCAAGUUUUAACAGCAAAAGCAAUAUUAGGUGUUGGUUUAAUUUAUUAUUAUUAUCGAAUAUUAUUUAUUUAUCUACCAAUUAGUCCUAAACUUGGUCCAAUGAUGAUUCGACUUCGUUGUAUGAUAAUGGAUGAUUUUUUGACAUUUUUACAAUUAUUUGUAAUAUUUAUGAUAUCAUCUGGUGUUGCAAUAACAGCUGUAGUUUAUCCACAUUAUCCACUUGGUUUAGAUUUAUUUACAAAAGCUUUUGUAUUUCGUGGUUUAAUGGCAUUAUUUAGUAAUGAAAUGUCGGAUUUAAAAAGUAGUACUCAAGCAUGUUCAAUAAAUGCAACAGGUGAAACAGAAAGUGAAUAUGCUUGUCUAAGAUUAUCACAUGGAUUAUCAUUUAAAUAUGAUAAUCUUUAUGCAUAUAAUCGAUAUGGAAUAUCAUCACCAAAAUGUAAUCAAACAUCAUGGAUAGCAUGGUUUUUACUUAUACAAUAUUUCUUUUUGGCUAAACGUUUUCUUACAUCACUUUUAACAGCUAUGUUUGGUUUAACUGGAGCAAGAGUGCAAAGUCAAUCGGAACAAAUUUGGAUGUAUAAUCGAUAUGAAAUUGUUAUGGAAUAUGAUAAACGACCUCGAUUACCACCACCAUUCGUUGUUAUUUCGUAUAUAAGUAUGUUAAUAACAAAUGGUAGUCGUCGAUGUAUUAUUAAAUUAAAAGAAUGUUCUGAUAAAAGAGUGAAUGCAUCUCGUCGUAAUCGUAGACAUCUAACUGAAGCUAAUAAUAGUACUAUAAAUAAUGAUCAAAAUGCAUUAAAUGCCGAUGAUAAUCAAGGUACAGAUCAAUCAAAGGAAACAAAUGAAGAUGAUUCAUUUUUUGGAUAUUUACUUAAUUGUAAACCAUGUCGACAAGUUACUGAUAAUCAUCGACAAAAACUUGAAGAUUCAAAACGAAAUUGGGAAGAUAGUGAAGCAAACUUAUAUUGGAAAUAUAAAGCUAUUGAAUAUUAUGCUAAAACACAAGAAGCCGAUAAAGUACAAGAAAAACUUGAUAAUUUAUCAAAUAGUGUAACAAAUGUACAAAAAGAUAUGGAUGUACAACGAAAAUCAUUACGACAAAUAAAUGAUCGUGUUGUUACAUUAGAAAAAUUAAUGACUGAUUCACAUAUAUUACUUGAAAAAAUUCGUGCAACUAUUCAACAAGAAGAUAAAUCAUUACCUGAAUGUCAAAAAUUUAUUCAUAUUUUAUCAAGAGAAUCACCAUAUGUUUAUACAAAUGAAGCAAGAUUUCCAGUUACUGAAAAAUACAUUCCGUGGAAGAUUCCAUUUGAUUUAUAUGAUCCAACUUUAAUAACAUUACCAAAAGAACACAAUUGCUUUCGAGAUGAUGAACGACCAUUUGUAGAGCCGAAUUUAUUAAAAAUAAGUUCAACAGAUGAUCAAUCUUCAUUCCAUGUUGAUACAUAUGUAACGCCAGCAACACCACUUACACAACCCGGUACAUUUGGAGCUAUUGAGCCAGCAGUAACAAAUAUAACAACUGAUUUUACAAUGCCUUCAUUCGAAUAUAAAUGGAAUCAAAUUGUUGAAUUACAAUUACCAGAUAGAAAAAAGAUGAUUGUUGAUCGUACAACUUGGUUAACAAAUCCUGUAGAUAAAUCACCACUUGUCUAUCGUUUAGAUACUCAAUUAUUAAUACCAUUAUGUCCAAUGGGUCGUACAGGUGUUCGUGGUCGUGGUGCCUUAAUACGUUGGGGUCCAAAUAAAUCAAUUAUGGGAAUAAUAACUCGAUGGAAAAGACAUCGUGGACAAUUUGCAAUUGUUGAUGGACAAAGAAUCUUAGAAGCAUUAGUAUUUAAAGAUAAAUUAACAAAUGAUUGGAAAUUACCAGGAGGAAAAAUUUUAGGUGUUGAAUCACCUUAUGGAGCUGUUUGUCGUAGUUUUAAUAAACUUGCUUUUCAAGAUAAUGAUUCUGAACAUAGUUUAACUUUACAAGAAAGAGAUAUGAUUGAACAUUUUGAAUCAUUUGCUCGUUCAUCUGAAGGUACUGAUAGACCAAAUGGAUUUGAAUCUCAUAUGGUUUAUCGAGGAUAUAUUGAUGAUGUACGAAAUACAGAUAAUGCCUGGGUAGAAGCAGAAAUAUGGAAUUUUCAUUAUGGUUCAACAAUGUCAUUUCCAAAUUUACGUACUGAUGGUAUGGCAUUAUGGAAAGAUGUAACAUAUAAUGCUCGAGGUUUUCUUAUGCAAACAUCAAUCUUACGUGAAAUAGCCCGAAUACAUGAUGCUUACUUUGAAUGA